AUGCUGCGCAUUCUCACUCUUUCGAUCCUAGCCACGAGCAAGCUUGCUUCUGCCCAUGUCGUAGCCUGGCAUCCAGGCAUGUACUGCCUUGGCGGCAACGACACGUCCGUCGACGACCCAAAUACAAACUUGGCAGUAAAUCCUCUGUGGGAUCUCCCCAAGUCUAAAUGGUGGUUCCAGGCCGAUCGGGGCUGUGAUAAAGCUCCUCCGGUCGAUGGGGUCUUCCUUGAAUUGCCUGCCGGGCAGAACUUCACCACUGAGCUUGCUCACAACCGCGCCCAAACCACACUUUCGUUUAACGGUCAAUAUGCAGGAGAGUGGCCAGACGGUAAAGACCAUCCCGAGGACUGGUCUGGCACAGGUACGCCGCCCGGUUGCAUUCAGGACGAUGGAGCCAUCCAUACCAAUAACCAAACGAUGGCCGGCGGAACCGUAUUUGCGAUUAGUUAUCAGUCGGAUAUGAGUCAAGUAACAAUGGAGAACUUGGUUGUGUUUAGUGUACUAGAGCACACACCCUGGAAACGCAUUGCUACCUACGAAGUCCCCGCGGAUCUUCCACCAUGCCCUGAUGCCGGUUGCAUUUGCGCCUGGGGCUGGGUUCCACAAGGUUGUGGGGAGCCUAAUAUGUACAUGGCUGGCUACAAAUGUAAAGUGACCGGAUCGAGCUCAACCAAGCAACUCGCGCAAGCCCAGGUCCCGAAAUACUGUGCCAAUGACACUUCUGAAUGUGUUGGUGGCGCCAAACAGAUCUUGGUUAUGAACCAAGCUGAUGGAAACAAUGUCGUUGCUCCAGACAACGAUUUCGUGGCUUACAACGAGAAAUGGGGCUUCCAAAAUGGCGCACAAAACGACAUCUUCAUGUAA